CGGAGCUGAAUUGACAGCUGGCAAGCACGCGAACGGGCCACGCGCCAGCGCGAGCCCGGAAGGAAAGAAGCCGAAGGAGCUCUUGACGGCCAUAGCUUCGCGAUGCGCCAGUUCUUCCACAACCUCUGCUCGUACGGCUCCCGUGCGCUGCGCAACCAGCCGCCGGACCGGGAUCAGCCGCCUUCGCGCGCCGUCGCCGACUUGACCGCCCCCGCGGCAGCCGUGCAUUCGCGCUCCCUCGACCAUUCGAUAUUGGGCUUCGCCGUGGACCUCUACCGGCAGCUGUCGCUUGCCGCCGGUAAUGCUGGCGGCCAACCUGGCAUCAGCACCGACAACGGCGGCCGCAAGGACGGUGUGGCCACUGCCACUGUGGCCCCGGGCAACCUGGUAUUCUCGCCCUUGGCAGUGGCCGCCGCGCUGUCCAUGACCCUGGCGGGCGCCCGCUUCCGCACGGCCAAGGAGCUGGCGUCGGCGCUUCACGUUCGCGACGACGACCAGGUCCACGGCCAGUUCGCCGCGCAGCUGUCGCAGUCCGCGAGGCGCGCGCUGAAGGUCACCUUCGAGGUGAGCAACCGCAUGUACGCCGACCGGCAGCACCACGUGCUCGAGGGCUACCUGUCCUUCCUGCGAGACACGUACGGCGAAGGAUCGGUGCGCUCCGUGGGCUUCGCCGAGCACCACCGCGAGGUGCGCGCCGAGGCCAACGAGUGCGUGGCCCGGCUCACCGCCAACGCGGUGCCCGAGCUCCUGGCCGCCGACAGCAUCGGGCCCGGCACGGCGCUGGCGCUCGUCAGCGCCGCGUACUUCUGCGGCGCCUGGGAGUCGCCCUUCCAGCCGGCGUUCACUGGGCCCGACGAAUUCUACGUGGACGCCGAGACCGUGGUGCGCGUGGACAUGAUGACGCAGAUGCACUCGUUCGCCGUGUCCCACUGCGACCAGCUGCAGGCCACCGCGCUCGAGAUGCCGCACCAGGGCGGGAAGACCUCGAUGAUCUUCGUCCUCCCCGACGAGAUGGGCGGGCUGCGCGCGCUGGAGCAGAACCUGACCGCGGCCCUCCUGUCGGACCUGGUGCACGGCCUGCGCGAGAAGCCCAACGUGAUGCUCAAGCUGCCCAAGUUCGUGGUGCAGCAGAGCCUGAGGCUGCGCGACGCCCUGGGCGCCAUGGGCGUCCGCGAGCUGUUCACGAAGCAGGCCAACCUUUCGGGCAUCUUCGAGACCGGUACCCCCGCUCUGUGGGACGUCUUCCACGGCGCCUUUCUGGACGUGAACGAAGAAGGCGUGGUGUCCACGGCGCCCGGGAACGACGACGUGCCCGGGGGCGGGCCCGGGAUGGGCGAGAUCACUCAUUUCGCCGUUAACCGGCCCUUCAUGUUCCUCGUCGGCUCCAGGCGGACGAACCUCUUCUUCCUGAUGGGCUCCGUGCGAAGACCGUGAACCCGCGCCGUGACCCGUGGCUAGUUGCCGCCCCAGCGCGCAGAGACUCGAACCGGAAGUCACUGUGCGCGUCGGCCGCGCCACUUCCGGCGCAUCCGGCGCACUCACGUUCGGGCGAAUUCGUCCAGUUCCGCCACGUCUGCGUUUUGGGCCAAUCAGACGCGACGGGAUGACGAAUGUGGCGACAUGGCGGUGUUCGACGGCGUCCCGACUACCCGAGCGUGGCCUCCGCGAUCAGCUCCGUUCCGUUGCCGGAGCUGAUCGCGGAGGCCACGACCCGAGCGUCGUCUUCUGCGCGCCCGCCUCCCGCAGCUGUUGCAGGGCCGGUGCGCGCGAUUACGCCUGUGCCUGUCUGUGGAAGGCGUUCUGCACGUUCGCGCAGCUGACGCAGCCCAUGCAUUCACCGCUGCUCAAAGCGGCGACUGCGUUGCCGUUUAAUAAAUCGAAACGCAAUUCUGUAUGCAAAGGCGUCAUCUGUGGCAGCC